GUCGUAAGAGGUUAACACAUUACUAGUAAAUGUACAUACCGGGUAAAGAUCAUUAUCUCGGUGAUGGUAACAUUUUGAUUGAUAUCUGUCGAUAAUGGUGUAUGUAAAGGACAGAACUGUCUGGCGAAAUGGUUUCUCGUCAAGCAUGGGCCCCAAGGAUCUGUGGAGCCCGGUGUUCCGGAUGACUCCGAGAGAUGGAAAGGUGUACAUGAACUUCAGUCCACCUUUCAAAAACGCAAAAUACCACGAGAUCUGUCUCGUGCCUCCCGACUUGUUUGCGUGUCUGAAAAGAAAAAACAUUACUGAUCCAAGCCAAGAAAUUAUUUUCAAUGAUGUCACAGGAAACGCAUCUUAUGAAAUUUGGGUGAGACCUCAUGGCCCCAAUAACAAGGCACUUGACUCAUGGGUGAAAAGCCAAAUAUUUUUUGUUCCACCAGAGCCUGUGAGAAUGACAACGAUGAGACCUGAGUAUGAGAAGGAAUCUCAGCCCGGAGGAACGAUUGCCAUGAUCGUCGUUUUGUGCAUCGUUCUCGCUGUAUUCGUGGCAGUGGUUUUAUACUUGUGGAAGAAAGGUUUUCUGAAGAAAAUGCCGACCUGCAGAGUGCCUUACCACCAAAGCAGGAAGACAAAUGAUUUGGAAACACGAAACAAUCAAGUGCCUGUAUUUCCAAUAUACUACCCUGAAAGCGAUAUCUACCUGAACUGCGUUGAGACGAGUAUUGACAUAUUUUGCAAACAUGGCGGCCUGGACAUCAAACCAUACAGUGAGACCGACUUACGAAAGGCUUCGCAGGCCCACACGGACAAGUGGGUUGAUGUGCAGGUGAAGAAUAGCGUGAUCCUCAUCUUCUACAGCCACGCGUUACUCAGAGUCCUGCUCAACCAGACCGAGCGCAACAGCCACACAUACGAAGCAAUCUGCCUGAAGGCUCUCAGCAAGAUAAACGAGCUGAACAACGCCGGGGCCAAAAUUGUCCCGUUCGUCGUCAGCUUCGGUCUGGAGACCACCGAGGAGAUCGAUCUGUUCCGGAAGCAGAUCCUCUCCAUCGAUGUUAUGCCGCUGUUCCAGCUGACCCACAAGAACGGAAGUGCUCUGAAGUCGGUUGACUUCGACCGGCUGGUCCACAAGGUGCACAAGAUGUACUCGACGAAGCACAUGACGACCGUUCACCGAGACUGGGAGAUCAAGGCCAGGAAGCUGCUGGACUGCAUCAAGAGGCUCAUGGACUGUCCCAGUUACAGUCCCGAGAGGAGAACCAUGGAAACGGAAAACGACAGUGACAGCCUGGGCGAGGAGAGAACUCCGAUGGUCAAAGGUGUGGGGGCUGGUGCGGGGGUAGUUACGGGAAAAGCGAGUUCGGGCGUUGUGAGAAACGGCGGGGUCAUCCAAACUGAUCUCAGUCCCAAGAAGAGACAUCAUCAUAGCCCAGUGAAGAAGAAGAAAAGCCUGAGCCCCAUCUCUAUAACGAACGGUUACGUGAGGUUCAGUCCUCACCCCACGGGACAGGUCGAGGUGGGUGCCAACAGAACAGUGUCCAGCGGCUAUAUGUCCAUCGCUCCGCACGGCAACGGAUACACCCACAACUUGAACUACAGUCAGCCGGACGACUACGGGAACCUCAAUUACAAUUCGCCACCCAUGCGGCGGGAUGAUUCCUACAUGAGGCCAGACAAUACGUGCCUGUCCAUGCAGGCUGACGGCUUGCCCUAUGAGAUUGUGGCGCCACACGGAGAAGCUGGUGGCUUUGAGAUGAUGCCUCACGAGAUAGAUCUGAAACAUGUGUUCUUUGAGCCAGAGAUUCCCGGCUCAACAGACGUCAGUAUGACGAACCUGCUGGAAGGUCUGGUCCAGGUGAAUCAGCAGUCGUGUUGAGCAGACACUCUUGACAAUCUCAUUGGGUCAGUCGGCAAUUUAGUAUCAGAGUACAUCACGUGAAUUAAAGUGGCGAUGGCAGAUUUGUAUCAUGUAGUAGUUCAUAUCUAGGAGUCAAUUGAUUGGGGGUUUUCUCGUUCCAACCAGUGCACCACAACUGGUCAAAGGCUGUGGUAUGUGCUUUCCUGUCUGUGGGAAAGUGUAUAUAAAAGAUCCCUUGCUGCAUUAAGAAAAUGUAGCAGAUUUCCUCUAUUGACUACGAGUCAGAAUUACCAAGUGUUUGACAUCCAAUAGCCGAUGAUUUCAUAUCUAGGACUGACAACAUGGACCCAUUGUUAUAAAACUUUUACAGUCUAGACUCAAAUCUCCAAUGACGUCACAAGCAUGUAAUUCAUGUGGCGUUGCCAUAGCGUUUCAGGCUAUGUUAGAGUCUUGAGUUUUGACUCUAAAAGUUUUUUAAGUACCAGGCCAGAUCUGGUAGCAUGUUUGUCCAAAGUUUCCAGAUGAACAUAUUUUAAUAUUUUAAAAAUCAGAAAAGAUAGCAGUUUUAUAUAUUUACUCAAAUAAUAUAAUAGCUAUCCAAGUUGGGGGUUUUCAUAUUAAGACAUUUUAACAGUUAAUUAUAUGGGGGAAAAGCUGUUUUAUAUAUUUACUCAAAUAAUAUAAAAGCUUUCUAAAGUCACUGUUUUCAGAUUAGACUAUUUUAACAUUUAAUUACAUGUAUCUAAAAUGAAAGCAGUUUUAACCUUUAAAACUUGCGUAAUUAUUAAUUACAUUAGAUAUCAUGUAUUUUGUACAAAUUAAAGGGACAUACCCUAGUUUUUAAACACUAACGCAUAUUUUGGAC